AUCACCGAUUGCGAUUGCUCCGGCGGUAACUUCCAGGACGGCGUCACAAGCCUCUCGUCUUCUUUCUCUUGCUCAGAGACGCUUCGGUAACGAGAAGUCCUGAUCUGAUAUGGCGUCUGGGAUCGUCGGAGGAGGUGGAUCCUUAUCGGAUGUAUAUAGUAGUGCGAAAAGGAUUCUACUCAAGGCUCGCGACGGAAUCGAGAGGUUAGAGAGGUUCGAAUCAUCUUCUAUGGAUUCUCCCGAUCUCGCUUCCUCCGUGAAACGAGACAUUACUGAGGUCCGAUCUCUCUGCUCAAACAUGGAUGCUCUUUGGCGCUCAAUCCCUGUUAAAUCUCAGCGUGAUCUCUGGAGAAGAAAGACUGAACAAGUUGGAGAAGAAGCUGAGUAUUUGAAUCAAAGUCUGGAAAAAUACAUGUCGAGGAAUCAGAGAAAGAUGUUGGAAGCUAAAGAGAGAGCGGAUUUGCUAGGCAGAGCGAGCGGAGAAGGGGCUCACAUUUUGCAGAUAUUUGAUGAGGAAGCUCAAGCUAUGAACUCUGUGAAGAACUCAAAAAGAAUGCUUGAAGAGUCGUUUUCAAGUGGAGUUGCUAUCCUCUCCAAAUAUGCUGAACAAAGGGAUCGUUUGAAGAGUGCACAGCGUAAAGCUUUGGAUGUUCUGAAUACAGUAGGGCUCUCCAACUCGGUACUGAGGCUCAUUGAGAGGCGCAAUCGUGUUGAUACUUGGAUCAAAUAUGCCGAGGUUUUCUUCAUCGCAAGAAGGGCAAACUUCAAUAUCCAUAUCUCCAUGAUCUUCUUCUUCUUCAUUCUCAAGCAUGGAUGUAUUGAGGACCUCAGUCGCCUGGUUCAAAUCAGCAUUGAUAGCCUCAUUAAAAUGGUUUCUGUUUCUGACUUUUUGGUGAUGGCGGAGACUUGUACGCUUCUCUUCUCUACCUUCUCCUCUCACCUCACGAUCUCUUCUUUUCGUCACUCUCAUCCCUCCGCCGCUCGAUUCUCAUCUCUCCUUUCCCGCGUUCGGCCAUCACGCUUCGCCGUAAAGGCAUCACAUUACGGUAGCUUCUCUGAUGACGAUGCUUUCAACUUCUUCCCAUGGUCCGAUGCAAACAACGAGAUUGAAUGGGUUCCUGAAGAAAGAAUUACACUUUUCACUACUGAUGGACUAGUUCAGAUUGGAGGCAAUAUGGUUCCUCGCCGCAUCAAAUCAUCUCAUAAGAAACAUCGGAGAUCCAAAUCACCAGAAAAACAUCAAAAGUUUCAAGAAAGUUCCUACAUGGAUCCUGCUCAAGGUCUAUGUCUUGGAGCUCUCUUUGACAUCGCAGCUACAAACGGACUGGAUAUGGGGAGAAGACUAUGUAUCUUUGGAUUCUGCCGUUCUGUUGAGAUGCUUAGUGAUGUUGUUGAAGACACUGUCUUAGAACACGGUGGAGAGAUUGUUGCUACAGAGACAGAGAGCACAAGUGGUUUACAAGAGAAGCUAACAAUGACAGUGGCAGUUCCAUAUCUUUGGGGAGUUCCUCCGGCUGCAGAAAGGCUUCACCUUGCGGUUCGAACUGGCGGAGGCAUCGUAGACAAAGUUUAUUGGCAAUGGCAUUUCUUGUGAUAUUCACAUAUUUCUCCAAAACAUUGGCUCUAACUCACAACCACAAGUGUUUAUAUAUCCCAUUCAUUGUACAGAACCAUUACAUUUGCUAUAAAUUCCCCUUAAUCCC